AUGAAGUUUUCUCACUCACUUCAGUUUAAUGCUGUCCCGGACUGGGCGGAUCGUUAUAUUGCCGAUGCUGAGGCAGUCGAAGAGUCUCCGUUGCUAGACUUAACAACUCGUGCAAAUGCAAUAUUUAUACCAGCGCUUGACAAAGAACUUACAAAAAUUAACUCAUUUUACCUCUCUAAAGAAAAUGAACUCUUUAAAGAAGUCACGAAUCUUAUUCAGGAUUUUGCUGUAUUUGAAAAUCUUGAAGAUUCUGUGAGUAUCCGCAGCAAUUCGUUUUCCCUAGGUCGGUCUAAUCAAUCAAUGGACAAAUCAAAUAAAAGGGCCAGUACUUCUCGUCUUCAUAGAAUGUCUGUCUCGGAAUCCGUUAUUUCAAAUGUUAGCAGUGAUGAAGAUGAAAAUACUCCAAUCACAAGAAUAACCAGCGGUAAUCUUAAAUCUUCAUAUUUAAAUAAUGUGGUAAAUGAUGCUUAUGUAUUUAAAGAUUCAACAUUUAAAAACAUGGAAGAACGAAUUCUAAAAGUGCAAGAAAUUUAUGCCAACAUAUGUACUAACGCAAAUAUGGAUGCAGCUAUGCGUGAGCUUAAAACACAUUUGAGGGAAUUUAUAGUUUGGGAAAGAAAUACUGUCUGGAGAGAUAUAAUUGGUCUAGAAAGAAAAUCUCAAGCUGUAGGCAUAAAAGCUCCCGUAACAAUAGAUCAGUCAACUGAAGAUAAAGCGAAAAUCAAAAUGCCUUUUGCAGCACACCAUAUUUUUUCUGCAAUGUUUUCACCAGUUAUAAUGUUACUUUUAGGUGGCUUUGCAAUUGCUGCUGCAUUAAGUAAAUAUCAUAUUGCAAAAGUGAUGGCUACGUUUUUGUUGUCAAAAGCUGGUACACGACCAAGCAUGGUUCUUCUUGUUAAUAUGUUCGUUGCGACAUUCUUGAGCAUGUGGAUAAGUAAUGUUGCUGCUCCAGUUUUUUCAUUUGCUCGAUGUUUAAUUUUAGGCAUUGCUCUGGCAUCCAAUGUUGGUGGUAUGGCAUCUCCAAUAUCAUCACCACAAAAUAUAAUAGCAAUUGAAUAUAUUAAUCCUUCUCCAACAUGGGGUCAAUGGUUCAUAGUAGCUAUUCCUCUAUGUAUAAUUAUAAACAUUUUAGUUUGGCUUGUGUUACUUUUUAAUUAUAAACCAUCUGAUAAUUCAUUAAUUAUUCAUCCAAUAAGAUUAACAAAAGAUCCAUGGUCAGGAACUCAAAUAUUUGUAAUGGUAGUCACUGGUAUAACUAUUGCAUUAUGGUGUACCGAAAAAACAUUCAAAUCCUUUGAAAACUUUUUUGGUGAUAUGGGAAUUAUAGCAGUUAUACCGUUAGUUGCAUUUUUUGGUACUGGAAUUUUAACAAAAGAAGAUUUUAACAAUUUUUUAUGGACUGUAAUUGUACUUGCAAUGGGUGGUAUAGCUCUUGGGGCUGCUGUACGUGAUUCGGGGUUGUUAAAAACCAUUGCUGAAUCCGUUCAAUUACUAUCUAAUGGUUUAAAUGUAUGGCAGGCUUUGGCAUUGUUUAGUUCAUUGGUUUUGGUUGUGGCCACAUUUAUUAGUCAUACUGUUGGUGCGUUAAUUAUUUUGCCUAUUGUGGCCGAGGUUGGAUUGCAUUUAAGCGACCCACAUCCAAAUUUACUUGUUAUGGUUUGUAUUGUUUAA